AUGUCCGCCAAGCCACCCCCUCCCCAUGUCUCCCCGCCGAGCAUGUACUACAGCAAGCUGGCCCUCCGCGUCCUGCAGUUUGUCAUCUCCAUCGCCAUCGUUGGCCUCGUCGCGUCCCUUGCCUCGACCGGCUUAUAUGCCUUUUUUAACUUGAUCAUUAUCAUCCCCCAGGCCGGCGUCUCCAUAAUCUGGGCCGUCUCCGAGAUAAUCUGCAUCUGGGCCCGCGGCGGGCACAGGGGGAUUCACCCCGGCGCCUGUGUCGCCGUCGACCUGCUGCUGUGGCUUGCCCUGGUGGGCGGGACGGCGGGGUUGACCCUCCUGGGUCUGCUCACGACCGUCGCGGAUGCCGUGGUCGAUAGCUACCAGAGCGGCUCGUACUAUUCGGAUUAUGACGAUGAUUACUACUACGGGGAGACGUAUGACAUACUCGAUGACAUCCAGGUCAAGGGCCAGGCGCUGGUUGGGUUGGGAGCUGUGUUGACGAUCCUUCAUUUCGUCACCUUCGUCAUUGCUUGCGUCGAGACGAGUAUCAGAAACUCAAGGCCCCAGCAGGUCGUCUACCUCGGGCCAAACCAACAUAACAGUCCUAUGCAUCCGGGAAUGGGUGGGCAGGCGUCGCCGUACACUUCGCUUUCGGCCACGAACUGGGAUCAUGGCCAGCCGGCUCCGGUUUAUUCGCCCCAGCCGCAGGAACAGGGGCAGGUUUAUUACCAAGGCGGGCAAAGGGUGAAGGCGUGA